AUGAUCACCGGCAUCGCCCACGUCAACAUCCUCGUCCCCCCAGGAACCCUCCCCCAGGCCGAGGACUUCUACUCCUCCACCCUGGGCCUGGUCUCCGCUCCCGUCCCGCAUCUGCAGAAGGGGACGCUUCUUUGGUUCAACCUCACCCCCACCGGCAGCCAACAAAUCCACGUCGCCCUGGGUCAAAACAGCGACUUGGACUCGAGUCGCCAUGCGUGUCUGAGGGUCGGCUCGGCGGAGGACCUGCUGGUUCUGCAGCGGCGCGUCUGGGAUCAUCAUGUUCGUGGCGGCGAGGCCGCGCCGUUGGCUGUCGAUCGGCCGGGGGAUCAGAAUUCGGGUGCCCAGGGCGUUGAAUACCCAACGAGAUUCUUUGCGAGGGAUUUUGCGGGGAAUAGGCUUGAGUUUACGCUUUGA